AUGACAGUAGUAGCAACGAGUUUCGAAUGUAUCUCCGACGAUAGACCUCCGCCGUCACCAACAUCCUAUUUACGAAACCUUCUUCAUUUUUCCAGAUCCGGCGAGAAGGUGUUACACAUGAAAACAGAUGGUGGCAGGAUGGUGGUGCUCCGUCAAAUCUUUCGGCCACAUGUGGUGGUACUGAUCAGUUGUGAUGGUGGUGUUCAUAACUCCGGCUGUAUGGCAGUCAUGAAUGUCGCUGCUCCAAACGAAACUCCAGUGAAACUUGAGGGGAAGUUUCUUGCAAUUGUUGUAUGCUGGAUUCUUGGAUUUGGAUCUUUGGUCGCAUGGAAUAGUAUGUUAACCAUAGGAGACUACUACUAUGAGUUAUUUCCAGAUUAUCAUCCAUCAAGAGUACUUACCUUGGUCUACCAACCCUUCGCAAUAGGGACAAUAGCAAUACUUGCAUAUAACGAGUCAAAAAUCGACACUAGGAAACGUAACAUUGCAGGAUACAUCUUAUUCUUUUUAUGCACUUUAGCCCUCAUUGUAAUAGAUUUAGCCACAUCAGGGAAGGGCGGAAUUGGAAAUUACAUCGGUAUAUGUGUUUUUGUUGCCGGAUUUGGAGUAGCCGAUGCUCAUGUUCAAGGUGGAAUGGUGGGAGACUUAGCCUUCAUGAAGCCAGAAUUCAUGCAAUCAUUUUUUGCGGGUUUGGGAGCAUCUGGUAUUGUAACAUCGGGUUUAAGGCUAAUUACAAAAGCCGCAUUUGACAAAUCUCCCCAUGGUUUACGAAAAGGGGCAAUUUUAUUCCUUGGAAUCUCAACAUUCUCUGAGUUUCUUUGCAUUCUUCUAUACGCCUUUGUGUUUGCUGCAGGCAUCCAAACUGAACCAAAUGGAACAGCUGAUAUCGAUGCUAAGGUUCCUGAAAGAUUGAGCACUAAACAACUUCUAGUCAAGAACAUCGACUAUGCGUUGGAUUUGUUCUUGAUAUAUGUCCUUACUCUCUCCAUUUUCCCUGGAUUUUUGUAUGAAAAUACAGGACACCACCAAUUGGGUUCAUGGUACCCUCUUGUUCUAAUAGCGAUGUACAAUGCUUGGGAUUUGAUAUCAAGAUACAUUCCUCUAAUCGGAUUUCUUAAGAUUGAAUCAAGAAAAUGGCUAAUGAUUGCUACAUUGACACGUUUCUUUUUUGUUCCCGCAUUUUAUUUCACUGCAAAAUAUGGUGAUCAAGGUUGGAUGAUCAUGCUUAUAUCCUUACUUGGAUUGACAAAUGGUUAUCUCACUGUAUGUGUCAUGACUGUAGCUCCUAAAGGUUGCACGGGUCCGGAAGCAAAUGCAUUGGGGAACAUUUUGGUAAUGUUUCUUCUAGGUGGAAUAUUUGCGGGUGUGGCUUUAGAUUGGCUAUGGAUAAUUGGGAAUGGAAAAUUUUGAAGGACAAAUCGUGAUUGGAAGGAUUUUUAUUGGUUGAUGAAUUUUAGUUAUAGAUCUUGAUUUGUUAUUUGAUAUUCGUGAACCCAGAAAAGUAUAGUUAAAGUUGAUAUUUAAGUGGCUAAGGUAUAAGGAUGCACAUGUCUAAAGGGUAAAGGUUCUUUGAAUAUAGGAUUUUUUUUUUUUAAGUCUUGUAAGUUUUGUUUAUUGUGUCUGUUGUUUAUGUUG